UACACCACUUUCCUGUCUCUUAUGAAAGACAGAACAAAGUAGAAAGAAAAAAGGUCACACAGUAUUACUACAGUUAGUAAAGAGCUGGCACACACGCAGACACUGAUAGUCAGAAGUACGGAGGCUUCAUUCUCACAGGCUGCUGCUACUGAAGCAUUUGUGGCAACUUUGCUUUUCCGAACCUCAUCUUUAACCAAUCAGACCAAUCCGAGCUCUCCAUUUUGAUCUACAUCAGCUAAUCUACAUGGCUAAAGUAGCUGUCAGCCCUCUUCCUGACCUCUCCAACUCAAGCUUCUCCACAGCGACGUCCUCCAGACCCCUCUCAGCAUCCCAACAGGCAGGAGUGACCAUCCUGGUCCUUGCCUUCCUCCUUGGCUUUCCUGGGAAUCUCUUUGUGGUGUGGUCAGUGCUCUGUCGUGUCCGGCAUCGCUCUGUUACAUGCCUCCUGGUCCUGAAUCUGGCUGUGGCUGAUGCUCUGGUGCUGCUGAGCGCCCCAUUGUUCCUGCGUCUGCUGGCUGGAGGGCAGGGCUGGGAGUUUGGGACGGGUAUGUGCAAAAGUGUGCACUACCUCUGCUGUGUCAACAUGUACGUAUCGAUUUAUCUGAUCUGCCUGAUGAGCCUGGACCGCUGGCUGGCCGUCAUCAGACCCUUCCUGUCUCAGAAGCUGAGGAAAAAGAGUACACUCUACAUCAUCAUGUUAGGGAUCUGGAUCAUGGCCUUCCUCAUGGCUUUGCCCAUGCCCUUCUACCGCAGUAACAUGCAGCCCUACCUGAAGAAGAACAUUUCCAUUUAUCUCUGCAAUCCCUACCACUGGAACAGCGUGAACCAUGAAAUCUUCCAGUACCUGAUGGAGACGCUGCUGGGUUUCCUGAUCCCCUUCACCUUCAUCGUGUUGUGCUAUGGCGCCGUCAUCUGUCGCCUGCGUGGCGCCAUGUUUCAUGGCCGGGUAAAGGGCAGCCUCCUCAUCCUCCUCAUCAUCAUGGCUUUCGCCGUCUUCUGGCUGCCGUACCAUGUCAUCAACAUCUUACAGGUGAUUGGUCUGCUGCAGGGCCGCUCUCAUCUUUACAUCGUGGCUCAAUCGACUCGUCCCAACGUCACUGCGUUUGCAUUUUUCAGCAGCAGCGUGAACCCUGUGCUCUACGUGUUUGCUGGAGGCCCGCACAUCCGCCGCGCCGGCCUCGGCUUCAUGGCCAGGCUGUUUGAAGGAACCAACUCGGACCGCUCGUCCAUCUCCGGACGACGAUCCACGAUCCAUACGAGCAGCUCGGUCCUCACGAGGAUGUCGGUGAGAGGCAUGUCUAGAAAGAAGAGCUGUGUAGAGAUGGAGCAAACAAUGGGGGCGAAGCCUAACUGUACAGAGGAGCUGAAGACUCUUACCACCAUGCCGUGAUUUUGCAGACACCCUUAUCCAGAGUGACUUAUACCCCUUUUCCACCAAAAAAGAACCGGGUGCUGGUUCAGAGCUAGUGCUGGUGCUGGUUCAAAGUUGGUUCCACUGGCGAACCUUCUAAGAACCGGUUUGCCUUUCCACCGGCUAGAGAGCAUCGCAGAGCCGAGUCUGACGUCACUGUAUACGUGUCACGUGUCCUGGCAACUUUAGCGCAGCAGCGGCAAACACAAACACAACAACAAUGGCGGAUGUUGCUUUAAUGUUAAUGCUUAUGGCUUUGUGAACCUACAUUUGCAUCCAAACGCGGCGAAUCCAACGUGUACGUGCAGCUCCAUGUAAUCUGUAUAAACGGAGGUUGUAAUCGAGAAAGUACAUAACGUUAUUUUAUCAUUAACACAGAAAAAAGUUAGCCUUAGCAUGUAGCUACCUACUAUCAUGUUUGCUGAUAAUGUAUCAUUUUGCGGUAAAGUAAAAGUGUAUUAAACAUUAGUAUACUUAAGGUACAUUAUCAAAGGCGCUAACAGUGGCCCCACCCAAAGCCCCGCCCGCAGCCCCUGACACAAGCGGUUCUUAAGUCUAGACCAGCAAUAUUUAUUGGUAAUAAUUAUUGGUGCUACUUAAGAACCACAUUUCUUGGUUCAGAGCCGGUGCUUUUGCUGUCGAAAAAGAAAGAACUGGUUCAAAAUUAGGCUCCGAACCAGCACUCAAACUGCCUCGGUGGAAAAGGGGCAUUACAUUUUAUUGCAAUUUACACAACUAAGGGCCUUGCUCAGGGGCCCAGCAGUGGCAACAUGAUGGACCUCUGAAUCAAACUCAUGACCAUCCGAUCAGUAAUCCAACAUCUUAACCACUAUGCUACCACAUCCCACAGCUGAGCUUCCUUAAAAAUGUUUUUCCCCACGUACUUUGAUAUGCUUUUUAUGCAGUAUAUGACUCAGGACUGUAACCUUCUGCUGCAGUUCCUCCGGAUAUUAGUAACUUUGACUUGUUUGUGGUGUCGUGUAACAGAUGUGUAGAAAUUUUAUUUUGAUCUGAUAAAGUCGUUGUGGUUUCUUCAAACACACGCAUUUGCUUUUUUUUGGUUGAUUGUUUUUAUUUUAUCAACCGGCUCCUUAGACUCCCAUUAAUUCUAAAUAAAUUCAGAAAAAUAUAUGUUUGAAAUGAGGUUGUUCCUGUGGUUGUUCCUCUUCCCAGCAUACUUUGCACACCACAUAGAUAAAUGAUUACUGUUGGGUUUUUUUUUGAAUGAAGAAUAUAUUCCUGUAACGUGUAGUUAUGUUUUUGACGUGUUUCAUAUUUCAAAUUUCUUAUCUCUUUUUUUUGUUAUGGGAGCUAACUGAUGACUUGCCUGAGUGCCUGAGAUUAUUUAAUAAAAAAUAAAAGCUGCAGGAUCUAA